AUGGAAAAUAACCAUUCAUCGGUAUUUCUAAAUACAACAAAGAUUAAUCAGAAAUACAAUGUUUACAAGUUGAACUACCCAGGAAAACUGUUUCCAAAAGACGAAUGGUUCAAGUAUGAUUUCAACAUCAGCGCUUCAGAUAACUUGAACAAUUUGGCUUUGACGGCCUUGGAAAACCCGUUACUCGCUUACUACUGCUACAAGCCAAUUUUCUUAGAUCUCAUUGCACGUUGGAUCCAAUCUCCUGGCGCAUUUGAGCAAGAAUACAACAAGUACAAGAAGGAGACGAAUAAAGUGAAAGGCUCAAUCAUUUUACAAGUUUUGUCCAAACUCCUUCACUUAUGUGAUGAGUGCAUUAGUUUAUUUGAAUUAUUCUUGCAACGUCAAGAUAUAUGCAAUGCCAUGGUUGAAGCUCAACCUGGUACUCUUGAGUUGGAGCAGAUUCUUUUAUCCUUUUAUCGACUACUCCAAUACGAUGCAGACAAAUUCAAGAGGUACAUAAACCCAGAUGUUUUGUACAAAAUGGUCAAAUCAAAAGGAGAAGCGCAAGAAAAUGAGCAAAAUGUAUCAGGUGCAACUCUGCAAGUAUCAAAAUAUUUGAUUGUACAGAUCUUAGCCUUGUACCUACUGGCGUCUGAAUCCUCGAAAAACAAAAUGUUGCAAGAGUAUACAAAUGCAAGCACCGAGUUGGACUCAUUUUAUGAGGGCGAAACAGUUAAUUACUAUUACCUCCCUUUGCUCGAGGCCAAAAGAAUUGCCAAUUUCAAAAACUUGCCAACCAUAGAGGAAGAGGAGGAACAGGAAGAAAAGGAAAAGGAAAAAAUUGAGAAAAUAGAAAACAAUGGCGAAUUAGAAACUAAAGUCAGUGAUUUCAACAAUGAGGCAUCAUCCACAUCCAACUUGAUAGAAAUCGAUGCUAGCGCACUUACAACAAACUUUAUUACCUCCAUAUGUGGUGUUUUGGUGCCUAGAUUGAUUAGUGACCUGAUUCCAAAUGUACUGCUAUCCAGCCAGUUUGUCCCAACUUCUCAUGCUGUAAGCGUUUUGCGUUCAAUUGCAAAACAGUUACAAAAGAGCCACCCGGUGAUGCUUGUUGGAGCAGCUGGUUCUAGUAAAUCUUUCUUUAUUGAAAAAUUGGCACACGAUAUGUGCUAUACUGACUCGAUUGUCAAGAUUCAUCUUGGUGAGCAAACGGAUGCAAAGUUGCUUCUUGGAACUUAUGCAUCUGGAGAAAAGCCAGGAAGUUUCCGUUGGAAUAAAGGUGUACUCACUACUGCAGUUGAAACUGGUAAGUGGGUCUUGAUUGAGGAUAUUGACCAAGCACCAACUGAAAUUCUUUCGGUGCUCUUGAUGUUGCUUGAAAAACGUCAGUUGAAUAUUCCUUCACGAGGCGAGACCGUUUAUGCAAAGAAUGGAUUCCAACUCUUUGCAACCAUUCGUAACUCAGCUGGACAUGGAUCUACUAGGGACCGCAGUAUUAUCCCGGAUAUGAUUGGUUCUAGAUUUUGGAAAAUUAUUGAAUUGGCUGCACCAAGUGAUGAGGAAUUAAGAGUAAUUUUGUUUGCAAAGUAUCCCUUGUUGUCAAACUUGUUGGACUCGUUUUUAAAGUGCUACUCUGCCGUUUUGGACUUUUAUAGCCAAAGAUCAUUUAUCUCGUUAAGCAAAGGCCAAUCCAUUAGAGCGAUUUCGUUAAAAGAUCUCAUGAAGUUUUGUUCUCGUUGUUCUCGAUUGUUAGAGCAAAGAGGUGUGCGUGACUCAAACGAGCCAUUGGAUAGCUCUAUCUACGAUGAGAUAUUUGCCGAAGCUAUAGCUUGUUUUGGAAGCACUAUAGCUGAGCCUCGUGCGCUGACAUUGCUUAUCAACUAUGUUGGAGAACAGCUUGGAGUUCCCAGCUCCAGAGUCAAUCAGUAUUUGCUGAAAAUCAAGCCUCGGUUCUUGAACGAUUUAAAUACUUUACGCGUUGGAAGAGCAACUGUGCAAAAAUCUACUGGUCAGCAAUUAUUAUCGAGCAGGGGACACUCUUCUUCAGUUUCAUCAUUUGCAAGAACAAACCAUGCACUCCAUUUGAUGGAGGAAGUGGGUGUUGCCAUCAGUAUGGCCGAGCCUGUAUUGUUGGUGGGAGAAACUGGUACAGGUAAAACCACUGUGGUGCAAGAAAUUGCAAAACUUGUUGGCAAAAAAUUAACUGUGAUUAACGUUUCUCAACAAACGGAAUCUGGUGAUUUGCUAGGAGGUUAUAAACCAGUGAAUGUAAAGUCUUUGGCGAUCCAAGUUCAAGAAUUGUUUGGUUCAAUCUUUAUGGCAACGUUUUCAGAAAAGAAGAAUGAAAGGUUUAACAAAAUUUUAACCCGUUCAUUCAACAAUGGCCAAUGGAAGAAUGUCUUAAGACUCUGGCAAGAAGCAUACAAAAUGGCAGUUGCUUACCUUGAAAAAUCAGUAAAUAAAGCAAACACUGAAAACAGUGAAGAUGGUGCGCCAAGAAAGAAGCAAAGAUCACACCAAAUCGAUCCAAACUUUUUGCUCAAGAGAUGGCAUGAGUUUCAAGAUAUGGUGAAAGAGUUUGAAAUCCGAUCAUCGAUGUCAGAAAACUCAUUUAUAUUUGAUUUCGUUGAAGGUUCAUUGAUUAAGGCUAUUAGGGAUGGAGAUUGGCUUUUGUUGGAUGAGAUCAACUUGGCAAGUCCAGAUACAUUGGAGAGUAUCACCGAUUUGUUAAACGAACAAUUGUCGCAAAGAUCUAUUUUGCUCACCGAUAGGGGAGACACUGAGCCAAUUAAGGCACAUCCUGAGUUCCGUAUUUUUGGAUGUAUGAAUCCCUCUACUGAUGUUGGUAAGAGAGAUUUACCGAUCAGUAUUCGUUCUCAGUUCACUGAGAUCUACGUGCAGUCUCCAGAUAGGGAUUUAGAAGAUUUAUUGUCGAUUAUCGACAAGUACAUUGGCAGAUACUCUGUUGGUGAUGAGUGGGUCGUCAAUGAUGUUGCUGAACUUUAUAUGAAGGCCAAGGUUUUGUCUGAGCUGAAUCAGAUUGUUGAUGGUGCAAACCAAAGACCACACUUUAGUAUCCGUACCUUGUCAAGAACAUUGACUUAUGUCAGUGACAUAAUUCCAAUCUACGGUUUGAGGAGGUCCUUGUUUGAAGGAUUCUCGAUGACUUUCUUGACCUUGUUGGAUGUCAACUCGGCACUGAUUCUUAAGCCUAUUAUAGAAAAAUACACCAUUAACAGGUUGAAAAAUGCAAAGUCCGUCAUGUCAAGCAUUCCUGCUUGUCCUAGUUCCUCCAACCUGGGAAGUUAUAUCCAGUUUCAACAUUAUUGGAUGAAAAGAGGACCUUACGAGAUUCAAGAACAACCAGAUUAUAUUCUUACACCAUACGUCAAGAGUAACUUGUUGAACUUGGUGCGUGCUACUUCUGGUCGCAGAUUCCCUGUUCUUAUCCAAGGUCCAACUUCUGCAGGAAAAACAUCCAUGAUUCGUUACUUGGCUAGUAUUACUGGACACAAAUUUAUGAGAAUCAAUAACCAUGAACAUACUGAUUUGCAAGAGUAUUUAGGAACAUACGUUAGUGACUCUUCAGGCAAAUUGGUCUUCCAAGAAGGUGUUUUGGUUGAAGCUUUACGCAAUGGGUACUGGCUUGUUUUGGAUGAGUUGAACUUGGCACCAACUGAUGUUCUUGAAGCUUUGAAUCGUCUUUUGGAUGAUAAUAGAGAACUUUUCAUCCCCGAGACACAAAAAGUGAUUAAGCCACAUCCAGAUUUUAUGUUGUUUGCCACUCAAAACCCUCCAGGGUUAUAUGGAGGAAGAAAAGUCUUGUCGAGAGCAUUCCGUAAUAGAUUCUUGGAACUUCAUUUUGAUGAUAUUCCUCAAAAUGAGUUGGAAACCAUUCUUCAUUUGAGAUGUCAAAUUGCGCCAUCAUACGCCAAAAAGAUUGUUGAUGUUUACAGAGAAUUGAGUGUUCAAAGACAAUCAACAAGGUUAUUUGAGCAAAAGAAUUCAUUUGCCACACUACGAGAUCUUUUCCGAUGGGCUAGUCGAGAAGCAGUUGGUUAUGAACAAUUGGCAAUCAAUGGAUAUAUGCUUUUAGCUGAGCGUGUUCGAAAACUCGAGGAAAAAAGAGAAGUUCAAAGCGUUAUCGAAAAAGUGAUGAAAGUGAAACUUGAUAUGGAGAAAUUCUAUGAUGAAUUUGAUAUAUCUAGUGUUGCUCAAAAAGGCGCUCAACAAGUGAUUUGGACUAAAGCCAUGCGCCGUUUAGCUGUUUUGGUGCUUUCCUCGAUGCAAAAUAAUGAACCUGUGUUGUUGGUUGGUGAGACAGGUUGUGGUAAAACAACAAUCUGUCAAGUUAUUGCCGAUGCGCAAAGGAAAAAAUUGAUUGCAUUGAAUGCUCAUCAAAACACUGAAACUGGUGAUUUAAUUGGAAGUCAGAGACCUGCAAGAAACAGAGCUGCAUUACAAAGCAAGUUGAGAACUGAACUUUUGGAGUUUUUGACAUCUAUCGGCUUGGAAAAUGUUCAACUGUUGAGCUUGGAAACUCAAAUCAAACAUUUUAGAUCACAAAAAGAUAACAUUCCUCAAGGUUUCGAAGAGCUUGCUCAAAGCAUUGAAGAUACCCUUUGUAAAUCUGCAGUGUUGUUCCAAUGGAACGAUGGACCUUUAGUUGAAGCUAUGAAAUCAGGUGAUUAUUUCCUUUUGGAUGAAAUCUCUUUGGCUGACGAUUCUGUGCUUGAAAGACUCAACUCUGUUCUUGAACCUGAGAGAACCAUUUUAUUGGCAGAAAAGGGUAGUGAUGAUGCCGCAGUUACUGCUGCUGAAGCAUUCAAAUUUUUUGCAACAAUGAAUCCCGGUGGUGAUUACGGUAAAAAGGAACUUUCACCAGCGUUGAGAAACCGUUUUACAGAGAUAUGGGUUCCUUCGAUGGAAGAUUACGCCGAUGUGCAACAAAUUGUACAAGCUCGUCUCAAGACAAAACAGUUGGCUGAUGCUAUAGUACAAUUUUCCGAAUGGUACGGAUUAGAGUUUGGCGGUGGGUCUACUAAUAAUGGUGUGAUUUCGCUCAGAGAUAUACUUGCUUGGGUAGAGUUUGUGAAUUCAUGUGAGCCAAAGUUGGAUUCCUUAACUGCGCUUUAUCAUGGUGCAUCCAUGGUUUUCAUUGACGCUUUGGGGACCAAUAACACGGCCUUUUUGGCAGAGAAUCAAAGUUCUUUAGAAUCUGCUAAAUCCAAAUGUUUAGUCAAGCUUGCAAAUUUGACCGGAGCCGAAUUCGAAAGUGGUGAGCUUGAUGGUAAAACUAUUGUGCAAGUUAACGAAACAGCAUUCCAAGCAGGUCCAUUUGCCAUCCCGAUUGCCAACCAAGACGACGACGGAAAUAGUAAACAUACCCUUGGAUUUAGCUUGGAAGCACCUACAACAGCCUCCAAUGCCAUGAAAGUAGUUCGUGCUAUGCAAGUGAACAAGCCAAUUCUUUUAGAAGGUAGUCCCGGUGUAGGAAAGACAAGUCUUGUUUCAGCAUUGGCAAAGGCUACUGGAAACGAAUUAGUGCGGAUCAAUUUAUCUGAACAAACCGAUUUGGUUGAUUUGUUUGGAUCGGAUGCACCUGUGGAGGAUGGAGCAGCUGGUGAGUUUGUAUGGAGAGAUGCGCCAUUCCUUAGGGCAAUGCAAAGAGGAGACUGGGUGCUUUUGGAUGAAAUGAACUUGGCUUCUCAGGCUGUGUUGGAAGGUUUAAAUGCUUGUUUGGACCACAGAGGAGAAGCUUAUAUUCCUGAGCUUGAUAGAAGCUUUAAAAAGCAUGCUGAUUUCAGAAUUUUUGCAGCUCAAAACCCACAAUACCAGGGUGGUGGUAGAAAAGGUCUUCCAAAAUCGUUUGUUAAUCGUUUUAGUGUUGUUUAUGUGGAUAUCUUGAAAGCUGAAGAUCUUCACUUGAUUUUGCAACACUUGUAUCCACAAAUUCCUAAAGAAGAUGGUGUCAAAUUGAUCAAGUUUAUGUCGCAGAUUGAGUAUGAAGUAGUCAAGCACAAACGUUGGGGUCAUUUAGGAUCACCAUGGGAAUUCAACUUGAGAGACUCGCUUAGAUGGUUGACGUUGUACACUUCAAGGAGUAUUAAUCAAGAAAUUGGACUAUCAGCUUUUAUUGAUAUGAUCAUUUGCCAAAGGUUUAGGACUCAAGAAGACAGGGAUAGAGCAUUGCGUUUGUUUGAAGAUGUUUUUGGAUCAAGCACAAAGAGAGAUAACUACUUUAACAUUACUCAGGAUACUGUUCAAUUCGGAGAUACGCUCAGUGUGCGUGAUGAACUUUUCCAAUACGAUAAUGGAAAAGAUUUGCUUCCACUCCAGUGUAAUUUCAAAGUCUUGGAGACGGCGCUUCGAAGUGUUGCUCACAAUAUUCCCUUGAUUUUAACAGGUCCCACGAGCUCGGGAAAGACUAGUUUGGUGAGAUACCUUGCAAACUUGCUUGGUGCGAAACUAGAAGAAUUUUCAAUGAAUAGCGAAGUAGAUGCCAUGGAUAUUCUUGGUGGAUACGAGCAAUCGGAUAUAGUUAGACAAUUCCAUUCAUUUUUGGCCGAAUUAUCGAAUAUAUUAAAUGAGCAAAUCAUCACAAGCAUUCGUGACGGAGCAACACAUGCGCCAUCAUCUAUUGUUAUUGAAGCUGCAUUGAAGUUGAUAGCUGAUAUAUCUUCAAGUCUUAUCACACUUGAACAGACAGAUGUAUUGAUUCUGAGAAUGGAACUGGUUAAACAAUUUCUUUCCAAUGAGGUUUUCGAUAGUGUUUUGAGAUUCAAGCAUGAAAUGGGUAAAACCACUCUCAAGUUUGAGUGGUUUGAUGGACAACUUAUCCAAGCAAUUGAAAAUGGUCACUGGAUUGUUCUUGAUAAUGCCAACUUGUGUCCUCCCUCAGUUUUGGAUAGGUUGAAUUCUUUGUUGGAGACCAACGGUACAUUGCUGAUCAACGAGUGCACUAAUAGCGAUGGUGAGCCACGUGUUGUUAAACCACAUCCAAAUUUCCGUUUAUUCUUAACCGUGAAUCCAAAAUACGGUGAAUUGUCGCGUGCCAUGCGUAAUAGAGGUAUUGAAGUUUAUAUGGCCCUGUUGGAAGACAGAAUGACCAAAUUUGACUCGCGAGUACUUGGAAAUUUGGCAAUCGGGGAAAAUAUUGUCCAAAAGUCUGCAAAGCCACCUACAGCUAUAUAUUCAUUUGACCGCAAUACAAAUAUGAGAAACUUGAGCUUAGUGUUUGAUACUAUUCUCAGUGCUGCCUCGGAUGUGGAAAACACUUCGAUUUGGUCACUUUUGAGUUUGAGAUCCUUGAAUGAAUUUGAAUCAGUCUUGCAAUUGGUGAACCUGUGCUCCGAAUUUGUUGAUGAGAGUAAUGCAUUUAAGCAAAUUAGUGAAAGUGUGGCGCUUUUCCUCAAACUCGGUUUAAGUUCAGUUGUUGAGACAUUAUACGGCAAAGUAGAUACCGUUUCAAGUGAAGUUGUUAAUCAAGCAGUCAAUUAUGCCCAAGAUCAAUCAUUACACCCAUUAGUCAAUUUGGCAUUGGUGUCAACAUUUUCACAGGAGUUUCCACUUGUACAAAGCAGUGAAUCUACAUUGUUGUACGAAGUGGUGAAUGAGGUGCAAAAGUUGGCUGUUACUAUGAGCCGCAUCGAAAUGAACUCUUUAAACAAAAAGAUUGAUGAAUUGUCGUAUUUGGAAAGAUCAGCAGCUAUCAUACAAGGUAGAAAUAUCAAGUUCGACUCAAAGCGUGAUGACACGUUUGUGGUUUUGCAAAAAGUUGUUGAGUUUAUUUUUGCAGUGCUUUCAAAGCUGGAUUUCCAAUUCAAGACUCUUAUUUUUGCACCAGUGCAUAACCUUUUAAGCAUUGCUUUAUUGAUGAUUGAAACUUCAUAUCAAAACAACUUAGCAAAAGCAAAAGUCUUGAAAGACUUGAUUGUUGAUUGGUGCGAAUGCAAUGAGGAAAUUGUUGAUAUUAGCGACAAUUCUGGUCUAGUAGUGUCAGCCACUAACAACUCAUCAAUGGUCUCUUUAUCUUCUGCAAGAGGCUUUGCGAUGGAUAAAGUUUGGGACAGGUUUAGAGGUCAAUAUCCAUCAACUUUACAAGGAUGGACAUUAAUGCAAGCUUUAUACAGAACCAUGAAGAGUCUUGACGAAGUCGCAAAGUUUCAAAGUUAUGAUGAGGCUCCUAUGAUUGCUGCUUUGGCGGGAUCAAUAGAAGAUCUUUACAAAACCAUUCUUCGCGGUGAUUAUGAGUAUACUGCAAUAGAAUCGAUUAUUGCAAAGAGUACAUCUACCUUGGAGUCAUUAAAGCAAAAUGUCAGUUUGUAUCAAGACCUUCCACAAAGAUUGCUAAGUGACCAAUUCACAUACAUCUGUGAUGUUUUGGAAAGUACUGGCGAAAAAAGCAAAUUGCUUCAAUUUUAUGUUUCUUCCGAUAGAUCAUUGAAAUCGUUGAUUGGUGCUACUGAUGAACAUAGACCUUAUCCUCGCAUUUUGAGUUCACUAUUUGAUACUGCAAGCGAUAAGGUAGGUGUAAACGAACUUUUCACCAGCAGUAUGGUUACCUCGGCAUUGCAAAGAGUAGGUGCAUUACCUAACGUUGCUGUUGGACAAUAUCAAAACAUUAUAAAGGAUAUUUCACUAUUGGGUUAUUCUGUUGUGGAUGCAUCACCUUCAAUACUCACCUCACAAGUAAAUGUGUUUAAAAAGGUAUUAUUGGAUUGGGUCAAGAAUGUUUUGAGUUCGCUUGGAAUUGUUGAAGAGUUGGAUUCAAAAUCAAGUUUUGGUGCAUCUCAUGGCUUAGAAUCGCAAGUGCACGAUGUGGUUACCAAAUUCAUUAUUCCAGCUAUAAACUUAGCAAACGAGUCAACAGCAACAAGUCUUGGAAAAGCUUGGAUCUUUUUCAGUUAUGCAAUGACAUUGUUAUAUGUGCCUAAUACGCCUAACGAUCCGGCUAUUAAGGAAUACAUUGAAUGGAAACUAUACACCAAUCACAACCAAUUUGUGAUAAAGUUGCUUGCGUCUUGGCAAUCCGCUAGGGAAGUGAUUAGUGGAGAUGAGCAAUUGUUUUUGGAGACAACCAUUCAACCAUUAGCAUCAGCAUUGAAAGUUCCAGAAAGACCAAAAGUCUAUCGAAGUGAAGAAUCAAUAGAUGCAAUCUUUGAAGAAUGGAAUGCAAUUGUUGAAUCGUCGCUUGAUUUGAAUACAAUAGAAGACUUGCUCCAUGGUUUGAGCAGCAACAACAACAAAAGUGAUGGAGACAGGUCGACUGCAAGCAGUAAACUAGCCUUGAUGCAAAACAAUAUUUCCAAGUUUGUUUCUAGAUUGAAUCAAAACUAUCCAAUGUAUGCUGAUUUGAACGAUAUUUUGAUUGGAUACUUGUAUGGCUUAAACUUUGGUCUAUCUUUAGUUGCUGUGGAACAGAAUGAAUUGAGCAAGCACAGUUUACAUAAGGACUGGUUGGUUAAUACAUCAGAGAUUUUGAAACCUUCUGCAGUGAUUACAGAAUAUGCCAAGGCUCAGGAUUAUAUUAAGACCUUGGAUGUCAACAACUCGACAGCUGAGUCAAUCUUGGUUUACUUUUUGCAAUUGGGAUUGGUGCACCAUGAGACAUGUGAUGAUGUUAUUUUGGGUGCUACAAAGUCGCUUUAUUACCGUUGGUCACUCAGAAAGUUGAAAUCUGAUCAAGCAAAACAAGAAGAAGGUAGCUGGUUCAAGUAUAAAGAUGCCGAUGAGAAUUAUGAGGACGACUUUAAGAACAUGUUCCCAGAUUACGAAGAUGUUGUGACAUUGGCUGCUGAAAACGAUAGUAAUGGUAGUGGCAGUGGCAGCGGUAGUGGCAGUGGUUCUAGUGCAGUCGAAAAGUUUGAAAAGUUGUAUUCACAAUUGGCUCAGUUGUACAUUAGUCACUUCCAUCUGGAAUUAAACACACUGGACUUUCCACUCAAAUUGACCAAGAUGGGUUGUGAUUUGUUGAACAUUCUUUCGGGAGAUGAUUUAAGACAAGGAAGCACUAGUGCCUCUGCUGUUGCAGCUCUCGUUAAUUCAAUGGCUUUGCUGAAGAAUCCAAAUUCCGAUUCUGUGCAAAAUGACAACACCAGUUUCCAUUUCUACAGAGAUAGCAAUCCAACUGAAGUGCAAAAAGCCGCACAAACUAUUCAAAGUGUUUAUCUCAAGGUGAAAUACUUGUUGGAGGAAUGGCCCGACCAUGCUACUUUAAAGAGCAUUGCGUCAGCAUGUCGUGAAUUCUCAAGUUUUCCUAUUGGAUUGCCAUUGGGUAGGUUUUUGCAAAAAGUAGAACAAAUCUACUACUUCAUUGCUGAGUGGCAAAAGUAUUCAUCAAAGCAAACAUCUUUAGAAGUUCAAUACAACCAGUUGACCGAGUUAAUUGUGUCGUGGAGAAAAUUGGAAUUAUCUACUUGGAACUCAUUGUUCAAGUUUGAAGAAGAAAGUCUUGGCCAAAAAGUUGGCCUUUGGUGGUUCCACUUGUUGGAGGUAAUCAUUAUUCCUAUAAUUGAAGGUGAUGCUGAUAAGGACCAUGCUGUGAAAUUAACAGCUGCUUUGAACACCUUUUUGAGUAAUAUGACUAUGGGAGAGUUUUCAAGUCGUUUGAGCUUGUUGCAAGCUUUUAGAAACCAUGCAAAGACAUUGCAAAACAGUAAGAUUACAGUUGAUGCAUUAUCGAAUUGUAUUGAUUUUUAUGUCCAAUUUGGCUCUACUAUUGCCGAAAAAUUAAGUGCUGGUCGAGCACUUUUGCAAAAAGAAAUUUCAGAAGUGAUUUUGUUAGCUAGUUGGAAAGAUGUCAAUAUUGAUGCUUUAAAACAAAGUGCACGCAAGUCGCAUACUGCAUUGUUCAAAAUUGUUAGAAAAUACCGUCUGCUUUUGAGUGAACCAGUUCAGCCACUCGUUGAAACUGGAUUGUCAUUGGAAACACUGAAUAAGUCUGCACAUGUGAAUAAGCUUCACCGUAUUGAACAAUCAGUUCCAAUUAUGGAGGGAGCCAAACUUGCUGAUAUUAGCUCUUGGACACAAAGACCUGCGAGAUUACAAAACUUGAAUGUCGUUAUUCAUAACUUGGGUAUUUAUACAAACAAGGCCGAGUCUAGUUCAUUCCCGCCAUUCCUUGAAUUUGCAAAUGAUUUACAUGAAAAGAUGGAAGCACUUCGAAAAGAAACUCCUAAACAGCUUACUGAAAAUAACAAGAAGAUUGUUGCAGCUCUCAAGAAUCAAAAACGAAAGUUGCUUAGUGACACUUUGCGUGAUGUUAGACGUUGCGGUUUAAAGCUUAGUUUCCGUUCAGAUAUCCAAGCUACUCAAGGCUCUGUCACUUUGAUACUUGCAAAUUCCACCAGUUUUAAUGAUACGUGUUUGGUAGGAUGCGAUACUGACUUUUUCAGAUUGAUGGAUUUGCUUCCACGUCUCAGAAGCUCUGCAUCUAACCCAGCUGAAGACGUUCCUAUAACGGAUGUUGAUAAGGGACUUGCGGCAAUUGAAAACUUGAUCCACAUGUUGGUUGUUAAGCGUUUACCUUUGAAUCUGUAUGCUACUGAAUAUGCCAAGCUUAAUGAAGUCUAUCUGAAUUUGUUGGUUUGUGCAAGAAUGGCAGCAAACCGUCAACAAUUUGUACCUAAGGGUCACAGAAGAAGUUUGUUAAAGAAUAAACAGACUGCGAUAAAUGAAACAAAGACAUGGUUGGAACAACUUGUGAAGUAUGCUAAAUCCACAUUGAAUUCAAUCAACUAUUUCAACCACAAGGCCAACACAAAUGCAUUUGACCAGAUUCUUGUAAAGAUAAAUGAGUUGAGCAAUAGCAAUACAAACAGUGCAAUUUUAACUGAUGAGGUUGAAGAAGCCAUUGUGAACUAUGAGAAUUUCCUUGUUAAUAUCCGCGAGGUUUUGAAUACUUGGAAACAAGAGCAUUUGUCAUUUGCAUUUGUUGCUGAUGUCAUAUUGGAUUGGAUGAACCAGGAAUUUUCGAGUGGCAUUUCACUAAAGAUUGAAGAUGGUUCAAUUUCUGCAGGUUACGAAACAACAAUUGAAGAUUGUGAACGUGAAUUUAGAGAUCUUUCUUCAAUGAUACUUGUUUCUUGUCAAAAGAUUUGUCAAGUUUCUGAUACUGAGAUUUCUGAAGAAGAUGACAACUGGUUGUUAUUGAAGCAAGAGAAGGUUGCAAGCUUUAUAAAGAGCUCACACAUAAAGUCAAUCAUUUCAAAGCUUUCCAAAUGUCUUGAGCUGGUCACUUCAAUUGCACCACUGGAUUCCGAUAUGGUUUCUCACUUGUGUGCGUUUACAUCGCCAUUGGUUGAAAAUUAUGUCAAGUUGUGUUCCAUUGUACUUCAAAAGAGUGCUGAGAACUAUACAGAUUUAGCCAAAACCACGUAUCAUUUGGCAUCUGCUUUGUACACGUUGGCUACAAAAGGAUUCUGCUCACCUGAACCUCCAUCUGAACAAAAGCAGGAUCAAAACUUACAAGAUGGUACUGGUCUUGGUGAUGGUGAAGGUGUACAGAAUAACUCUAAAGAUGUGGAGGAAGAUGAGGAUUUGCUUGAAGAUGCGCAAAAGCCAAAUGAUGAUCAAAAGGACAAUGAUGAUGGAGACGAAGAUGAUAAUAAUGAUGCAGUGGAUAUGGAAGGCGAUAUGGCAGGAGAACUUGAAAACUUGUCUGAUCAAAGUGAUGAAGAAGGCGACGAUAAAGAUGGUGAUGACCAAGAUGAGGAAGAGCUAGAUGAUGAGAUUGACGAUAUUGAUGAUCUCGAUCCAAAUAGCGUUGAUGAGAAAAUGUGGGAUGAAGAAGCAAAGAAUGAAAAGGAGAAGGAAUCGGAUAAAUUGCCAGAGAAUUCUACCAAUGAUGACAAUAUGGAAGCUAAUGAGAGUGGCGCUGAAGACGAUGAAAAGAAGGAUCUGAACCAAGCAGGUGAUGACAAGGAGAAUGAACCGGAUAAAGAUGGUGAUAAUGAAGAAGAAGAAGGAGAUGAAGAAGGAGAUGAAGAGGAAGAUGUUGGUGAACAAGAAGAUGAAGUUGAUAAUAACCAAGGAGAUAAAAUGGAAGACCACGUGCCAGAGUCAGAAGUAUUGGACUUGCCAGAAGAUAUGAACUUGGAUGGAGACGACGAUGAUGAGAUGGAUGUCGACCUGGAUGAUGAGGAUGUGGAAGAGAAUGGUUUGGAAGAUAAGCUUGAUUUGGAAGAUGAUGAUGUUCAAGCGGAAAACGAUGAUCAAGAAAAGGAGGAUAGUUCAGAUGUGGUGGACGAACAGGCUGAUGGUGAGAAUGAGUCCGACGUUGAAGAUGCAGAACAGGAAAAUGCCGAAACUAAUGAUACUGCUGUUGAUGAAGAGCCACGUGAGGAUGAGGCUGCUCCAGAAGAAUCCGAGGAACAAACAGAUGAAAAAGAUGAAAAAGAUGAAAAGGAAAAGAAAAAUGAGGAGUUUGAAAAGGCUGAACGUGGCGAUGCAGGUGAAGAUGCGGGCGCUGAGCAAGAUACUGUUGAUAAGGAUUCUGCAACGAACCAGAGCAUGGGUGAGUCGGGAGAAGGUGCAGAAAAUGUGGAAGAAAAUAAUGGAGAAGAUCAAGGUGUACUUGGAGGUGAAGCUCAAAAGGAUAAACAAGAGGAAAAGGAAAAGGAUGAAAAUGAUGAAAAUGCUGUUAAGGAUGAGGCUCGUGAAGCUGCUAAAGAAUCAUUGAAAGAGUUGGGUGAUUCAUUAAAAGAGUUUCAUCGUCGUCAUCAAGACAUUCUUGAAGCUCAAUUGGAGGAUCAAGAAGAUGUUGAUGAAAAAGCUGGUGAGGAUAUGAAUGAAUUGCAACAUGAUCCUGUUUCUAGUAAUGACAAAGACUUGCAAGCUCUAGGCAGUGCAAACCAAGAUCAAGCACAAAAAGUUGACGACAACAUGGCUAUUGAUGAUGAAGAUGAAGAUGAUAACGGGGACGAUAAGGAUAUUCAAAAUGAAAGGCCGUUUAAUGAGAAAGAGCAACCAGAAGAUCAAGCAGCUGAAGGUGAUGAAGACAAUGAAGGUGAUGAUGAUGAUGCUGAUGUUGGCGGUGAAAAUGAAGCUAAUGAUCUUGAUGGUGGUGAACAAGCCAUUAAAUUGGAAGAGGACCUGUCAGAUGAUUUGGAAAAGAUUGAUCCACUGCAAAUGGAUAUUGACGAAGAGCUUAGUGAUGACGAUGAAGAUGAGGAAAUUGGUGAACAUCAACUUCAAAAGUUCAAUCAAGAGCCUCAAUUACCACCAAUACCUUUGGAAGAAGCUAGGGAAUUAUGGAAAUCUAGUGAGCUUGCUACUCAGGAAUUAGCCUCGGGAUUAUGUGAGCAAUUGAGACUUAUUUUGGAGCCCACGUUGAGCACAAAGCUAAGAGGUGACUACAAGACAGGUAAGAGGUUGAACAUGAAACGGAUCAUUCCUUAUAUUGCGUCUGAUUUCAAGAAGGAUAAGAUUUGGUUGCGUAGAACCAAACCUUCAAAGAGACAGUACCAAAUCAUGAUUGCUGUUGAUGAUUCCAAGUCGAUGUCUGAGAGCAACUCUGAUAAAUUGGCAUUCCACAGUAUUGCUUUGGUUUCAAAAGCAUUGAGUCAGUUGGAGAGUGGUGGGUUAUCUAUUGUUCGAUUCGGUGAGGAUGUUAAAGUUGUUCAUCCAUUUGACAAGCCAUUUAAUGCCAAUAGUGAGAAUGGAGCCAAAGUCUUCCAAUGGUUUGAUUUCAAACAGUCAAAGACAGAUAUCAAGGCAUUGUGUAAAAAAUCUUUGAAAAUCUUUGAAGCACAAAGUUUUGAAAACAAGGCUGACUUGUGGCAAUUGCAAAUAAUCCUAAGUGAUGGUGUUUGUGAAAGCCAUGACUCCAUCUUGCAAAUGGUGAGAAAAGCCCGUGAUGAAAAGAUUAUGAUGGUGUUUGUUGUCAUUGAUGGAAUAAACCUGAAGGAAUCAAUCAUGGACAUGCAGCAAGUGAAAUACGAGGCUGAUCCUACUACGGGAGAGUUGAAAUUGAAGGUUGACAAGUACCUCGACAGUUUCCCCUUUGAGUUUUACGUUGUGGUGAAGAACAUUAACGAGUUGCCCGAGAUGUUGUCAACAAUUUUGAGACAGUAUUUUGCAGAGAUUUCUUCUACAGUAUAA